AUGGCAGAUCAACUUGUUGUAGGAUAUUGGGGAAUCAGAGGAUUGGCUCAACCAUUGAGAUAUUUGGUAGAGUACUUGGGAUUACCAUACGAAGAGAAAAGAUACCUCAAGCCUGAAGAAUGGUUCGGUGGACUCUGUGAAACACCAUUCAACAUCCACGUUCUUGUCAACCUCCCUUACAUCAAGGAUGGUCAGAAGUACGUCUACGAGAUUGCCGCCCUUUAUGUCUAUUUGGCUCAUAAGGCUAAUAGAGCUGAUCUCUUGGGAUCCACACCAGACGAACAAGUAGCUGUGGCUUAAGUGAGAGGUGUUAUCUAAGAUGCCUUGAAAGGUUUCUUCCGCCUUAUCACCCUCCCUGAAGAUCAAUAUGCUACAUAGAAGGAGGAAGUCUUUGCAAAUGAAAUAAAUUCAUUGGUGACAAGAUAAUGGGCUGCUGGAGCCAACCUUACUUAUAUUGACUUUGAUAACUUCGAAUUAGAGGAGACAUUGAAAGCUUUCAAUGCUGAGGAUUGGGCCAAGUUUCAUAACCUCCAAAAACACCAUUAAGAAUUUUAAAACCUUCCUUAAAUCAAGGAUUACAUGGCUUCUGGAAGAUUCUUAGCUGGUCCCUUCUAUCCACCAGGAAGAUUUAGAUGGGGAUUCUGAUUAUUAAAUUCAUAAUUUAAUACAAAUAUU